GUCCGGACGUCGGGCCGGGGCAGUGUCGCACGAUGAUGCGGGUGCUACUGACGUUGUGCGUGCUGGCUGUGGCCGCUCGGGCCGUCCCAGUGGAGAGCGACACCGAGUUCUGCGCCGGCCAGACGGAGUGUCCGCCCGACUGCGGGUUCGUGUCGCGCAAUGAGAAGUGCGUGUUCUGCAAGUGCGGGCCUGGCCAGCUGAAGCCCGGCGAGGUGGUGGUGGCGUCGAACGAGCCCUGCCCGCCCGGCACCGCGCUCGGCCAGCAGCUAGGCCUCACCAAGACAUGCGUGCCGGCGCCGUCAGGCUGUCCUCACGGUGAAGAAUUCAUCGACGAGUGUGGCAACGACUGCCGCUGCAUAGACGACAAGUUCUACGGCUGCACUUUCAAGGGCUGCAUGGAGGGACAAAGGAGUGAGAAGCCAAUGCCCUGCAACGGAACGGAGAAUCUUCCCGAAAGAAACCGGCGACGUGUUUUCUGUCACGAGAACAUUGUCAAAGUGCAGGACACAGACUGACGACUGUCUUCCUGGUGCUGCAUUCAAGAACGAAUGCAACGUCUGUACGUGCGGCGAUAACGGACAAGCCGGCUGCACUCUGAAGUUUUGCCUGCCGGAUCAGAAACAGUCAGCCUGUCAGUAUGGCCCUGGUUUCAUCGACGAGUGCGGGAACGACUGCAACUGCGUGGACGACAAGUUCUACGGCUGCACAAGGAAAGUAUGCAUGCCUGGACAGAGGCCCGAGGCGCCUGUGGAAUGCAAGUCCGGGGAGGAUCUGCCUAAAAGAAGCGGUUCACGGGUCUCUUGUCACGAGGGCAUCAUCAAACUGCAAAGCGCAGAUAUGCCGUGUCUCCCGGGCGCCGAGUUUAACAACGACUGCAAUCGUUGCGUUUGCGGAAAUGCCGGCGAAGAGUUUUGUACUCUGAAAGGGUGUUCGGCGGAACAGCCAGGCGCCGUGGACAAGGGCGACACGGCGCUGUGUGAGGGCCAGACGGAGUGUCCUGCCGACUGCGGCGAGGCCGGCAGGGACGCGCGCUGCCUCUACUGCCAGUGCGGCUCCGGCCCGCUGGCGCCCGGCGAGCAGGUGGUCGGCAUUGACGAGCAGUGCCCCGCCGGCCUCACGGCGAUCCGCUUCCAGGCUUUCACGAAGGUGUGCGGACCCUCGCCGACAGCCGUCAGCUUUGCGCUGAAUUCUGGACCAGUCGCUGGCUGUCCACAUGGCCCCGCUUUCAUUGAUGAGUGCAACAACGACUGCAACUGCGUAAAUGGCAAGGUCUACAGCUGCACCAAGAAGGCGUGCAAGCCUGGCGAGCAGCCUGAGAAGCCUAGGUCCUGUGGUGUUGAUGACAAUCUGCCCAAAAGAACCGGCAGACGUGUCUUCUGUCACAAGGGCAUCAUCAAAACGCAGAGCCUAGAUGCACCUUGCCUUCCCGGUUCUGUGUACAAGGCCGACUGCAACACCUGCGUCUGUGGAGACAACGGCGUGGCCGGAUGCACCCUUAAGCUUUGUUCAAAGGACGAGUCAGGCUGUCCUCACGGGAAAGAAUUCAUCGACGAGUGUGGCAACGACUGCAACUGCGUGGACAACAAGUUCUACGGCUGUACAAGGAAGGCCUGCAAGGCGGGGCAGACGAGCCAGAAGCCAAUGUCCUGCAACGGAACGGACAAUCUUCCCGAAAGAAGCAAGCGACGCGUCUUCUGUCACGACAAGAUCGUAAAAGUGCAAAACGAAGACGCAAAAUGUCUUCCCGGUGCUCUGUUCAAGAUGGAGUGCAACAACUGUGUCUGCAGCGAUAACGGAGUCGCAGGCUGCACUCUGAAGCUUUGCCUUCCGGAACAAAAGGCCGACUGUACUCUGAAGAGGCUCAAGAGAAGCACGGAACCUUGCCCGCCAGGCUGCGCGCACGGCCCAGAGUUCAUCGACGAGUGUGGCAACGACUGCCGCUGCGUGGACAACAAGUUCUACGGCUGCACUUUCAAGGCCUGCAGGGAGGGACAGAUGAGCCAGAAGCCAAUGUCCUGCAAGGGGUCGGACGGUCUUCCCAAUAGAAGCCGGCGGCGUGUCUUCUGUCACGAGAACAUUGUCAAAGUGCAGGACACAGAUGCAAAAUGUCUUCCCGGCGCUGCAUUUAAGAAUGAAUGCAACAGCUGUGUUUGCAGCGACACGGGAGUAGCUGGCUGUACUUUGAAACUCUGCAUUUAAUAAGGAAAAGCAUUCAGACUGGUCGGAGAAGGCCAGAAACGGAGCAGCAGCAAGUCUGUUGGAGGUCCAAACGACAGCCGUCAACACGCGCCCGAUAGGUGUCAUACUGUACUCUAAUUUUUACUGUAGACGUUUACAGUGUGUUAAUUGAUUUCUGGCCAUAAGUUUACUCAUGGGUGGUGUAGCAGAUGGGUUUGAAACAAGCACCUUUUCUCAUGAACCUAGUGCGGUUGCAGUACAUUGUCCAUUGCCCGUCGGUGCUAAGUAGGUAGCUUGUUUAAGGCUUUUGUAAAGUACUCAUGAUGUCCGACUCAGUUUGAGUAAGCUUUUCAUAAAUUUGCUUCUUACCGCUUUGGCUUCUCCGCUUCUGACGAGCCAUUUUCUUGUUUUGUGCAAGAUUCUGCAUAUUUAAAUUAGGCGAUGACGAUCAGCUUCGACAAUAUAUUUUCUCG